AUGGAAACGGGGCAGAGCGCACAAGUUGCAGAUAUGGGAGGAGAGCACUCCGCCGGGACGUGCGUGGUGGAGCGGGACAGGGGCGAGGUGUCCAGCCCCAGCCCGCCGGCCAAGCAGCGCUCCCUGCGGGUCGUGUACGUCCUGAACGAUGGGCUGAAGUCGGUGAUGGCCAGCAGCCCGGAGUCCGGAGCGUUGCAGUGUUUGCAGAGGGCAUGCGACGCAGAGAGCGCACUGCUCACCACCGUCACCUUCGGCCGGCUGGACUUUGGAGAAACAUCAGUGCUGGACAGUUUCUACGACGCAGACAUUGCAGUUGUGGACAUGAGCGAUGUAUUUCGGCAGCCUUCCUUGUUUUAUCAUCUGGGUGUGAGGGAGAGCUUCGACAUGGCCAACAACGUCAUCUUAUACCAUGACACUGACCCCGACACGGCACAGUCACUGAAGGACAUGGUUGCACAGAAAAACACAGCAUCCAGUGGUAACUAUUACUUCAUCCCCUACAUAGUGACUCCCAAUCAUGAGUAUAUGUGCUGUGAGAGCGAUGCCCAGCGCAGGGCCAGUGAGUACAUGCAGCCCAGCUGGGACAACCUGCUGGGGCCUCUGUGUGUCCCCCUGACCGACCGUUUCACCAGCCUGCUUAAGGACAUCCACGUUACUUCAUGUGCUUCUUUUAAAGACACCCUGCUGAAUGACAUCAGGAAGGCCAGAGAGAAAUAUCAGGGUGAGGAGCUGGCAAAGGAGCUUUCCCGCAUCAAACUCCGCAUCGACAACACUGAGGUCCUCACACAGGACAUCGUCAUGAACCUGUUGUUCUCCUACAGAGACAUACAGGAUUAUGACGCCAUGGUGAAGCUGGUGCAGACUUUGGAGAUGCUGCCAACUUGUGAUCUGGCCACCCAACCCAUGAUCCAGUUCCACUACUCCUUUGCUCUCAACAGGAGGAACAGUCCAGGUGACAGGGAGCAGGCUCUCAGAGUGAUGCUGCAGGUGUUGCAGUCAUGUGAACACCCAGCACCGGACAUGUUCUGCCUCUGUGGACGGAUCUACAAGGACAUCUUCCUUGACUCGGACUGCAAAGACACCAAGAACAGGGACAACGCUAUACAGUGGUACAGGAAAGGUUUUGAGCUGCAACCUACUCUCUACUCUGGUAUCAACCUGGCUGUCCUCCUCAUAGUUGCUGGCCAACAGUUUGAGAGCUCUAUCGAGCUGAGGAAAAUAGGUGUGAGGUUGAACAGUCUGCUGGGGCGCAAAGGUUCUCUGGAAAAAAUGAAUAACUACUGGGACGUGGGCCAGUUUUUCACUGUUAGCAUGUUAGCUAACGAUAUCCCUAAAGCUACCCAGGCUGCCGAAAAGCUCUUCAAACUCAAGCCACCUCUCUGGUAUCUGCGGUCGGUGGUGCAAAACCUGCAGCUGAUCCAGAGGUUCAAGAAGCAGACAGUGGAACACUCCCCCCAGAGGGACAGACUCAACUUCUGGAUGGACAUCAUCGUAGAGGCCACACAGGGCACCACCAAUCGACUGCGGUUUCCUGUGUUGAUUCUGGAGCCAACCAAAGUGUACCAGCCGUCCUAUGUGUCCAUUAACAAUGAGGCCGAAGAGAAGAAUGUCUCUAUCUGGCAUGUUUCUCCAGUUGACACGAAAGGGAUCCAUGAGUGGAACUUCACUACAAUGUCCAUCAAAGGCAUUAGCAUCAGUAAGUUUGAUGAGCGCUGCUGUUUCCUCUACGUCCAUGAUAACUCAGACGACUUCCAGAUCUACUUCUCUACGGAGGAGCAGUGCGGUCGAUUCUGCUCCAUGGUGAAAGAGAUGAUAUCUGAUGGUACGGGGAAUGCUGUCGAGCUAGAAGGGGAGGGAGAAGGAGAUACACUUGAGUAUGAGUACGACACCAGUGAGACAGGGGACAGGGUGGUGUUGGGGCGCGGAACCUAUGGCGUGGUGUAUGCUGGGAGAGACCUUAGCAACCAGGUCCGAAUCGCCAUCAAAGAGAUCCCAGAGAGAGACAGCAGGUACUCUCAGCCUCUUCAUGAAGAGAUCGCCCUCCACAAGUACCUGAAGCACAGGAACAUUGUUCAGUAUUUGGGCUCUGUUUCUGAGAACGGAUACAUCAAGAUCUUCAUGGAACAAGUGCCUGGAGGAAGCCUGUCAGCGUUGUUGCGGUCUAAAUGGGGUCCGCUGAAGGAGGCGACAAUCAUCUUCUACACCAGACAGAUCCUGGAGGGGCUCCGGUACCUGCACGAGAACCAGAUCGUCCAUCGAGACAUCAAGGGUGACAAUGUGUUGGUGAACACCUACAGUGGCGUAUUGAAGAUUUCAGACUUUGGUACUUCUAAACGGCUGGCUGGAGUCAACCCCUGUACAGAGACAUUCACAGGUACUCUGCAGUACAUGGCUCCAGAAAUCAUUGAUAAAGGCCCUCGAGGGUACGGAGCCCCGGCUGACAUCUGGUCUCUGGGAUGUACCAUCAUAGAAAUGGCCACUGGGAAACCCCCAUUCCAUGAACUUGGGGAACCACAGGCAGCCAUGUUUAAGGUUGGUAUGUUUAAGAUCCACCCAGAGAUCCCUGAGUCUUUGUCGCUGGAGGCUAAGUCGUUCAUCUUGCGCUGCUUUGAGCCGGACCCUCACAAGAGAGCCAUCGCCUCCGACCUGCUCAAAGACACUUUUGUAAAACACAACAAGGGCAAGAAGAGCAAGAUCGCCUUCAAACCAUCAGACUACAUCCACAGUGUCUCCCUGCCGGUGCAGUUACAAUGUGAGGCCACCGGGAGCAGCAGCAGUGAACAUGGCUCAGUGAGCCCAGACUGCGACUCCAAACAGGAUGUUUUCUUCCAGAAAAAGAAAAGCUCUGGCUCAGGGAACCUGCUCAAACCCCCCAACUCCAAUUACCUGAGUGUUCCAGAUGAGGGUUCAGUAUCAGAGGACCGCAGUGCCCCCCCCUCUCCUGAGGACAGGGACGGCGGUCUGUUCUUGCUGAAGAAGGACAGCGAGAGACGGGCCAUUCUGUUCAAGGUCCUUAAUGACGACCAGGAAAAGGUCAUCUCCAACCUCAAGGAGAACCACAUCCAGGGCAGUGAGGAGCUCCAGCUGUCUGUCGAACACAUCAAGCAGAUCAUCUGCAUCCUUCGAGACUUCAUCCAUUCCCCUGAGAGGCGCGUCAUGGCGGACACCAUCUCCAAGCUCAAGCUGGAUCUGGACUUCGACUCCACCUCCAUCAACCAGAUUCAGCUGGUGCUCUUUGGCUUCCAGGACUCGGUGAACAAAGUCCUGAGGAAUCACCACAUUAAACCACACUGGAUGUUUGCGAUGGAUAACAUCAUCCGCCGAGCCGUGCAGGCCGCCAUCACCAUCCUCAUACCAGAGCUGCAGACCCACUUUGGCCCGGCGUCAGAGUGCGAGGGAGCAGAGAAGGAAGACGAGGUGGAUGAAGAGGAGGUAGAGUUUGGUCCGGUAUUAGAGCCGACCACUGAGGACUCUGUAACAGCCGCCGACCCCAUCACCUGCACCAUCAGCACUCUAAACUCCACCCACUCCCAGGAGCAUCAGCGCUCCCAUCAUCAACUCGGUGCACAGCUGGGACGGCUCAAACAGGAGACCAACCGCCUGCUGGAGGAGCUGCUGCAGAAGGAGAAGGAAUACCAGCAGGUCCUGAAGGCCACGCUGCAGCAGAGAACACAUGACAUGGAGCUGGUCAGAGUCAGACACAGACCACCAGACAGUUCACCACCGUCCAUCUUCCACAUCCCUGCAGACCACGAGCCAGACAAGCAGCUCACUGAUUGGCUGAAAGAGCAGGGGGCGGACCCCGACACCAUAGAUAAGUUUGUGCUGGAAGAAUACACGCUGACUGACAUUCUCAAUGAUGUCACCAAAGACGACCUCCGCUGUCUACGUCUACGGGGUGGAGUCCUCUGCCGGAUCUGGCGGGCCAUCCAGCGGCACAGAGAGCGUGAGAGGCUGAGGGGCGACGAACGCUCGGAAGAUGAUGCAUGAUGGGAUAUGGACUCCCAGCUAUGGAAGAUUUUGCGGAAACACGCACACAUCCACACACUACCAGUCCUGCCUACUUUCUCUCUCUCUCUCUCUCUCUCUCUCUCUCUCUCUCUCUCUCUCUCUUUCUCUCUCUCUCUCUCUCUCUCUCUCUCUCUCUCUCUCUCUCUCUCUCUCUCUCUCUCUCUCUCUCUCUCUCUCUCUCUCUCUCUCUUUCUCUCUGUCUCUGUCUCUCUGUCUCUCUCAGUGCAGGUGAUGUACUAGAGUGUCUCAGUGCCUUUUCAUCUUGACUGACUGAACCUCAUCUCGACUGUGCAUCUCCAUACAGAGUCAGACUUGACCUGACCAAAGCGCUUUAGUGCAGGCACUACUGUGUGUAUCUUUAUGAGCAUUUACAUGUGUAUGUGUGCCACAAUGUGUUUGUGCUUGAUCAUUUUCAAACAUGAGUCACGCCUAGAAAAAAUGGAAACGGUUUAAAGUGUUGCUCUACCCUCAAAAAAUGUCUUUUAGGUAUGAAUCACCCACUGUGGACUUGAAAGGUGGCUGUAAAAAGUUUGUGGCCUUAUUUUUUACAGAGAAAACAGGUGUUCAUAGUGUAAAAAAGUAUCAAAAUAUCUAUAAAACAUCUUGAAUCUGCUCUUGUAGCAUAGUCCACUUUUUUUAAUUUUAUCAAUAUCAUCACAUUUUUGCCAAGAUACGAUUACAUUGCUUCUGUUUCUCUCAUGCAUGAGUGCAUGAACAUUGCUCGCACAUAUGGUAGUGUCGUCCUCUUGGCUCUGCCAUUGUUUAGAGAUGCUUUGCUGAAAGUGUUUUUGGCAUAAAUGUCUUUUUCACAACCUCCACUCUCCAUAAAGAGGAAAUCAGCAAAUGAAAUGACCAGAUCUUAAAGUGUACACAAAUAUGGACAAGACCACUAUUGCAAAACCACUACUAUGAUUUAUUAGACCUUUUAUAAACCUGUUAUUCAAUCUUGCAUUUGUGUUUCAGUCAAACUCUAAACUCUUAUUGGAUGAUUAUUCCAAAACUGAUCCACUGUCCUGCAUAACUUCUCUUUCAGAUUUCAUCUAAAAGCCUUAAGGUUUUUUUUGUAAAGUAAAACUAACGUAGCCACAUAUAAUUUAUUAAAACAUGCACACACACCAUGUCUGCCAUCACCUCACUGCCUUAACAUUUGUUAUUUAUUAGGUGUUUACCAUUUCCUUCAUGUUCUUAAUGUAGUAAUUAUUUGUUUUCCUCCUCUGCGUGUGACUGUAUUUCUUUUUUGAAUAUUUCCAACUGUUAUAUGUGCUGGCCUGUUUCAUGAUUGCUUUACAAAUGCAAUAAACCUGGACAUA